AUGCUGGUGGCUCCGCCGAGCUUGGUCCCUGCUUGGGCUCCCUCCACUGGAUGGGUGCAAAGACCACAGCGCCAUAAGGUGGUUCUACUGAGUGCCAGUGCCGCUGCCAGUGCCGCUGCAAGCCACCGACUUUGCAGCCAAAGAGUGCACCGAAGGCAGAAGUGCCAUCGACGGAUCCCUCAACGCGCUGAAGGGAAGACAGAUGAGGUGAAAGAACGCUUCAUGGAUUGGAUGCGAGCCUCAUCGAUCACAACAUCCCCCAAGCUGGACAUUUUGCCAGAUUCUGAGGGAGAAGGAAGAUGUGUAGUUUGCACCAAAGAUCUUGAAAAGGGUGAAGUUUUGGUUCGACUACCAGCUGCUGCAGCCGUCUCCGUGACCAUGGACGACUCCAAACCCAGCGGCGCACUGGAGGGCUGGUGGAUGCGACAUCCGCGAAGCUCCAUUCGAUUGGCUGCGCAAUUGGUAUCCCAACGGGAAAGCUUUGGUCCUUACAUCGAGAUGCUGUAUCCUCUGGAUCAGAUCUAUGCUCCCUGGCUGUGGCCAGAGAAGGACCUGAAAUUCCUGCCACAACGAUUGGCGGACAGUGCGCUGGCGAGAAAGAAAGCCUUGGAAAAGGCCCAUGAAGAUUUGGAACGUGAAGGACUUUCUGCGAUGAUCCCCCGGGAUCUCUUCCUUCGAGCACAUCAUGCGGCAGCGUCUCGGGCUUUUUCUGGCGAGGGAGAAGUUCCGGCCAGCCGCAGCGCAGCUCUAGCCGUGGGCGGCCUGUCCAUCUUGGCGGCCGGAGCAGCAGCAGCAGUCGGAGUUGCAAGUGUUGAUGUGGCGGCCACUGCUGGAGCUGCUGUAGUGGCAGCUACCAGUGUGGUGGUGGCAACGAGCCCGAGUCCCAACGUUCUAUCGCUUCUUCCGAUGGUUGACCAGGUGAAUCAUCGCAGUGGAGCGCCACCCGACUUGCAGUUUGAUCCCACCAGCCGAAUAUGGGAACUUAGAGCCACCAGAUCGUACAAGCCCGGGGAAGAGAUUGUAUUCAGCUAUGGAGACAAGGACAGCGAUGCCUUGCUACUGCAGCACGGUUUUGUAGAGGAGGACAACCGUGCUGAUCUACUGCGCCUGACCAUUCCGGAGGUGGGCACGUGUGGUUUGUCCGCCGAAGUGAAAGCGGAGAUGGAGAAAGCUGGAAUUCAGGAGUUGUGCUUCGACGGGUCUUUGGAGCAAUUGGAGGAACUUGCAAGUCGAUCCGCAGCUUUGGCUCCAAAUUUGUCUGCGAGCGGGAGGGGAGCCGCACUCAUGCGUCUUCGAAGAGGGCUUGGAGUAUCCGUUUUUGGUGUCAUCGGCACACUGCUGGCUGCACCCACACUUUUUAUUCCCCAGUUCUCGCGGCCGGGGCUCAUUGCUCGUGCUGCCAACAAGCUCGAAACGAAGGAACCCGAGCAGAGAGUGGACCCGCGCUUUAUCGCACCUCCCGACGUCUUCAAAUAUCGGGGUCCAAACCCAAAGGUGCGCAGAAAUCGAAGGCCUAGUGGGGUUGCUACGGAACAGCUGCAGGCACCAAAGAAAGGUGCCAAAGUUCCUUCUAAAGGAUCGAAGGUUUAUUUGCGUCACAUUGGCUGGACGGUUGCAGAUGGAGAGAUGUUUGACAGCUCCCUGCUUCGCGGACAGGGCGCAGAAGUCUACGAGAUGUCUGAGGUUUUGAGCAGCUGGAGAGGUGCACUGCUGGAGAUGCGUGAAGGUGAGAAAACCCGCAUUUGGGUCCCUGCGUCUCGUCCCAGCGAGCUGGAAUGGGGCAAACUUAGCGAACGAGGGCAAUAUCCCUGGGUCUUCGAGAUUGAACUGGUGAAAGUGGAGGAUAGCAUCCCAUGGUACGUCUUUGCAGUCCUGCUCUCCCCCAUUCUGAUUGGAGAGCUGUACAUCAAGAUCACCGGAAAGACGCCGGGCGAAGCUCUCAAUGAAUAUUUGUAUGGUGAUAUCCUCAAGGAUUUGUGAUUCGAUGGAUUCAAAGCCCCAAAAAUGGGAUGCUGUACAUAGUGACAUAAUGGUUUUAAACCACGGUCAUUGAGUCAUUGUAGAUGGCCCGAAAGGUGGUUGUUGCACCUUUGCCGAAAGGUGAAUCUAGUUUGGGAUGUUAUGAAAGCUGUUCGAUAUGUCAACGGAUGCACAGAAUGUGCGCAGAUGCUGAAGUGAAACCCUGUGACCAAGUGGCUGCGCCCAAACGUGGAUGAAAAAUGGUGAUCUGACUCUGG